AUGCGCCAUGCCGCUGUCGCAUGCUGCUCGUCCCGCAGGUACCACGUGAUCAAGAUGUUCACGCCGUACGGCAAGAUCCGCCGAGAGGAGUACCUGUGGCACACGUACGGGCCCAAGAGGGGCGAACCUCGAGGCUAUGCCUUUGUCGAGUACAGCAAGCGAGAGGUGGGUGGAGGAGCAAAGAGGUUGGUGGCAUGGAGAGGUGGGUUUCAGGAAGCGAGAAGUGGGUUUGGGGAAGCUGAGCUUGCGCGAUCCAAAAUGAACGGUCGGAUGGUGUUUGGGCGGCCAUUGGUGGUGCGAUUCGUGGAUGAGAAGGUGGUCACGUACAACACCGAUGCCCCCGUUUGGAACCGAAACACUUCCACCACCACUGCUGCACCCGCCACUGCUGCUGCUUCUGCCCCUGGUGCUCCUGGUGCUGCUGGGGCUGCAGGUUUGGGGAGAGGAGGUGGGGGUGGAGGAGCAGCGGUGGCAACAGCAUCGGCAGCAGACAGUGCGAAGCGGGCGCGGGUGGCGGCGAUUCAGAGCAAGCUGAGAGCCAUGGAGCAGGAGGACCGGCAGCGCAAGCAGGGGCAGGCUCCCAAGACUAUGAACAUGAUUCGCCCUCCGCCUUCGGGGUUUGGGGGUGGGUUCCCCCCUGGAGCUGGGAGAGGGGAUGGGGGAGAUGGUGGAGGAGGGGAUAGAGCUGGAGGGGAAGGGAGAGGGGCGGGAGGGGGUUAUUCACGGACGCUGUUGCAGUCAGGAACGAGAUGGUCAUCAUGGGGGUAG